AUGGCUCUUUUUUCAUUCGUCAUCCUGUGCAGAAUCGAAAUAAAUGCUCGUGUCUAUGUACGAGACUGGCUUGCGCCUCCCAAAGCACAAAUCAUCGAACCCUUGUCAUCAUCAUGUUUCCGUAAUACAUCCUCCUCAUAUCCUUCCCGUCCGUCCAAAUAUCACCACAACUUUGUACCGGGGCUUCCCACCUGGGAAGAAUACACUUGCUACGAUUUCGCCAGCAUGUUGUAUCCUUCUCGCAAUCAAUCCAUCAACAAGACAACUUUUCACACUUACUGGUCAAAAAAUCUGACGUCGUCAACCGCCUUUGGAGAAAAGGAAUUUGCUGUCGUACGUUCAUUCGUGGCCACCCAAGACGCCGCAGAAACCGACUUAAUUAUCUGGAUAAGUCCCGAAGACGAACCGGAUUUGAAAGCUUCACCUGCCUGGCAACAUCUCUCUCAAGUCAUGGAACGCCUACGCUACGAAAAGCUAGACAUGGACUCACUGACAAGCGAUACACCGUUAAAAUCAUACAGUGCUUCUUUAUCGCAGUUACGACCGGAAGAAACAGUGAACCUUAUUCGGCUUCUUGUACUGUAUAACCGAGGCGGUGUGUGGUUCGAUUUUAAUACCAUGUUUACGCGCGACCUCUCACCGUUACUGGAGCAUGAAUGGAUAGCCCAAGGAAGCUGUUUUACGACAAUGUUUGGUAACCCUUUUGACGGGGGCUUGCUUCACUUCCGUCCUCAGUCUCCGUACGUGUGUGAGUUGAUGGCCGGGGCCAGCGAUGUGUUUGAAGCACGAAGACGAAAACAACGAGGAUUGUCUUACAACGACCGUUUGCUGGAUAAACGGACAAAAGACCCCUUGGGAGCGGGUCUCUACUACCGAAUCUAUCGGCGAUUGCUGCAUCAUCGUAUCACACCAUGGAGUGUCUUGCCGUGGUGCUUUACCGAUCCUUCUCAGUGUAAACAAGUCAACUCGUUACCCAGUCUGGCCGCCAAAACGUCCUUCCGUCAUCAACGAAUUACCCAAACCUUUGCUUACCACUGGCACGAAGGAUGGUCCUUUAAACCUGGCGAUCUGUUUAAAUAUCUCGAAAGUCUGCACAAAGAAGCCGUCGGUUGGUAA